AUGCUGCCGAUUCAACUGGUGGAGAGAGGGCUUUAUCCACCUUAUUCCUAGCUCCCAUGAUAUCUUGCGUGAAUUAUGGGUAUGACUUCCCGAGCAGGCGAUUGCCAUGGUAACGGUCAUAAACAGUCAUUGCGGUACGCUUAUUGUCUUUCAGCGUUUGGGAAAUAAAACAUGUAGGAACACAGCCUGUUACACCUCAAACGGGACAAUGUGAUUAUAUCUCUGCCUUCUACUAUUGAGGGAUGGGAGGACGACCUGAAAAAGUGUCCUCAGAUAAUGUACACUAGCGUAUUUAACUACUUUAUCAACUCUGUUGUUAUGGACGGUGAAGCUAUGAAUAACCUGAAAACUCUGAGUCUUAUCAGUACCUCCACAGCAAUAAAGUCGGUGUCAGAAGGUGUCACACUUCGCAACCACUACGGAUUUAUGGUCGAGCAGAACAUCUGAGCCGUACCUCUACUUGACGGUGCAUUUCAUCGACGAAUCUUGGCUACUUUCGCACUUUUGUUCGCAAACAUCUUACUUCCCAGAUGACCAUACAGGCGACAUCAUUGCUGAAGGUCUAAAGGAUGCCCUGGCAUCGUGGUCACUGGGGAUGAUUGUAUGGUUUGCAUGACCACAGACAGUGGUGCAAACGUUGUCAGUGCACUCCGAGUUAACAGCUGGACGAGGCUACCGUGUUAUGGGCACAGACUCCAUAUUGCCAUUGAGAAGAGCAUGAGGGAUCCUAGAAUAGACCGAGCCAUUGGAGUUUGCAAGAAGGUCGUUAGAGCUUUUUCCAAUAGCUGGAAAAUGAAGAGAGCACUUUGUGAUGCCCAAGAUCAGCUGAAGCUCCCAAAGCAUAAACACAGAAUCGCCAACUUGAUGGGGAUCAAGACAGCGCAUGAUAGAUUUAUUGAGCAAGAAAAGGCCAUUCGUCAUGUGCUGGAUGCAGACAAAAAGUGCAGGCAUCUUAUUCCAACAUGGCAAGAUGUUGAUGUGCUGGAAUCAGUGAGCAAAGUGCUUAGUCCUCUGUUAAAAUUUACAGAUGCUCUUUCAGGUGAGCAACUUGUAAUAGUGUCCUACCCGAAACCUGUCUUGGCAUUGUUCAACUCUGAGGUCCUGGCAGUGAAAUCUGAUGACACAGACCUAACCAAACAAAUAAAAACAACCAUCCUGGAGUACCUGAACACCAAGUACAAAGAAGACUGUGUGGAUGACCUGUUAAUUUUGUCAUCCACACUUGACCCCCGCUUCAAAAACCGUUAUAAUGAUGAUGACCAGAUUAAAGCCACUGUGUCAGCAAUUACCUCUGAACUCAUUGCUAUGACAGUGGAAGACAGCCCUGCCCCAGGCCCCACAACUACUGCAGCUAUGGCUACUACUGCAGAAGGUGGAGCAGGUGGUGGUGGUGGUGGUGAUGAUUACAAGGCAAAAAAGACCAAAAAGUAUUUUGGGAGUUACUUCAAAAAACACAAAGCCGGAGGAGAGGAGGCACUGGCCACUGCAAUUGAAAAGGAGGUCAAGAGCUUCUUACUGAUACCUGAGGUGGACAGUGAUGUUAAUCCACUUGAUUGGUGGAAAUCACAAGAGGUACAUUUCCCCAGACUGGGGAAAAUUGCUAAAAAAUAUCUAUGCAGCCCUCCAGAAAGGACAUUCAGCACUGGAGAAAAUGAUGUAACAUGUCACCAGGCUGCACUUAAACCUGACACUGUGGACAGACUGGUGUUCUUGGCUCAUAAUUUGAAGUAAAUGUACAUGUGAACAGUGAGCAGUUGGCCUAUAAUGUUUUAUACAUUUCCAGCAUC